AUGUGUACAGUGUUGGGGAGCAACUGUGCUCUGAUGAUCAAGACCCUCCCCUGUCAGUUGGGCAGGCAGAGAAGCCCAGAGCUAACUGCCGCAGGGAAGAAGGCCCGUCUGGCGCGGCCUCCCCAGCUGCCCACUCUCAGCCUGAAGGCUGGGGGCCUCCCAGAGCUGAGUGGGCGCGGCCGAGGGGAGCGGGGACCACUGGCAAGCUGCCGGGGUCACCUGCGGCGCGGGCCGGCGGCGGGCGACCGCAGGGAGGAACAAGGCCCCCACCGCCGGCACUGGGCGGGCCGCCUCCGGGACCCCCUCCCCUUCCGCGAUCUGGCCUUGCAGCGCGGGACCCCGGGGAGGGUGGGCUGCAGGAGCUGGCGGUUCCACGGCACCAGCGCUGGCCCCCGACGGCCCCCCGAAGUGGCGGGGUUCCACCCCCCUACCCUCUUUAAGACUUCGUGGAGGGAGGGCGGGGGUUCUGUGGGAAGAGACCGCACCAGCACGCAGGCCUCCACGCCCUCGUCCCCCGCCCAGCUCUCUCGACCCGCCCCUCCCCCGAGGAAGCGGCUCCGGUGCCGGGGACACCACGUGCUGGGUCAAGACCUGGCUUCGGCCCUUUCCUGUCGCUGCCGGCUAACCACAAGGCCCCCCUGGCACUCAGGAAAUAGAGCGGCCGGGCCACGGAACUAG